CUCAAUUAUUGUUUACAUUUUUGUAGCCUUUGUUUCUUAUCGCAACGCAAAGUCGCUAUUCGCGUAGUUUUUCGAUCAUAUAAACAUAUGUAUUGAAAAUUUAACCGAUUACUUGUAAUAUACGUGAGCAACCUUCAUUCAAAAAACACGCAGUGAAGACAUAACGAACCUGUAGCGAUUCCAAAUGAUAUGCCUAACCGCAGCGCACAAGAAGAGUAUCCGACUUGGGUCGGCUUUGUUUUCAUCUUUAACCUCAUCGUUGGAACUGGUGCAUUAACGCUCCCCUCGGCCUUCAGCCACGCAGGAUGGCUUUUGGGGUCGAUUUUGAUAGUGGUGCUGGCGUUCGUGAGCUACGUGACCGUGACGUUCAUCAUAGAGGCGAUGGCCUGCGCUAAUGCAAUCUAUAACUGGGAACGGUUGCAGCUCAUCAAGCGGGACCGAGUCGUUGAAUAUGACGAGGAUAGUAACGUUGAGACCAUUGCCGAACCGUUAAUACAACCCGGGCCAGGCGAGGAUCAAUGGACGGAUGCUAUCGAGCAGACACCGCUGAACAUUAUGUACUGCCGAAAUCAGUAUUACAGUCUGUCGAACAAGAUCGAGUUGGGGGUAAUGGCCAAUAUGUUCUUCGGGAGGGUCGGCAGAUUUUUGUUCUUCUUCUGCCUUGCCGUUUAUCUGUACGGGGAUCUGAGCAUCUAUUCGGCGGCGGUUUCCAAAAGCUUGAGAGAUGUUAUUUGCUUCCACAACCACUCGACCAAUGCAUCCGAUGAUAGCGAUUUUACUUCACGCUGCUGGGAAGACAGUGCGAUGUCUCGGUUCGACGUCUACCGGCUGUGCCUUGUGGCGUUCUUUACCACUUUAGGGCCGUUUGCUUUCCUUAACGUACAAAAAACAAAAUAUCUGCAGCUCGUGACCGUUUUGUUCCGGUGGCUUGCGUUUUCGGUUAUGAUCAGUAUCGCGACUCACCGUUUGUUCAUACAAGAUGAUGAUUCCCCAAUCGUACCGGAAAAGGCAAACAUGAACGGCAUACCCUACCUUAUAGGAACGUGCAUUUAUUCAUUUAUGUGUCAUCACUCACUGCCCAGUUUACUGACGCCAAUCUCCAACAAACGUAAACUAAAGUCCCUAAUAUCCAUGGAUUAUGUGCUUAUUUGUGCGUUUUAUCUGUCACUGGCAUUGACGGGAAUAUUUGCCUUCGCCGACAUCAAGGACCUCUACACGUUGAACUUCGUACCGAACUCAGACCAAGACAGCGGAAUCCUGAAAGGGAUCGAGUACUUCUUAGCACUGUUCCCGGUGUUCACACUAUCCGCCAGUUAUCCGAUCAUUGCCAUUACGUUGCGCAACAAUCUGCAAACGCUAUUUCUCGACACGAACCAGCUUGACACGUACAAUUUCUUCCUGCGUCGGGUGUUCUUCGCGCUGCUCGCGAUUCUGCCCCCCACGAUUGUGUGCUUCUUUACCGAGAGCGUCAUCUCGCUGGUGGAAUUCACCGGAUGCUACGCUGGAACGGGUAUCCAGUACCUGAUACCCGUCGCACUCGUGUAUUCAGCGAGACGGACCUGCGUCAGCAUAAUCGGACGGGGCAUCGUCAACGACUACCGCAGCCCGUUUAAAGGUAACCUGUGGUUGGUGGUGAUUUUUGGCUGGACCGUCGCCUGCCUGGUGCCCGUUACAAUCAAUCUGACGCAAUGAGGCUAUUGUAUAUUAACCGGUCGGCAGAAUUUGACCAUUACAAAAAAAAAACAACGCACGAGACUGAACCUCGGAAGAGAGAAAAAAAAAGUAUAUCUAUACAAAUGUAUUCCUACGUUUUUAACAUAUUCACAAUUUUGUUUGAACAGAUUUCAAUACAUGUUUAGUUCAAAAAUACAUAGAAAACUCUUUUCCAGGUAAUUAUUGAAAUGUAUGAUCAGCGGUUUUUUGUUAAAUUUUGGUAUGGUGUUCCAAAUAUCUGUUCCAAACGUAGCUCAUGUCGAAAAAUAGUAGGUAGGGUGGAUUUAUUUUUAUUUUUUCAAUUAUUGAAUAGUCAUCCAAGCUAUCGGUAACCAGCUCGAUGUAUGAAUGAUGUGACUUAUG